CUUCAGUCAACGUAGUCUGGGACACGUGCAAUCUGAUUGAAUUGUAUGUAAUAGGAUGGAGUGUUAUUUGUUUUUACAUAAAUAUAUGAAUAAACAAUAGGACAUUUCUUAUUUCCUUUAGCUGUUGAGAAAUACUUACUGUCGUGUAUUUAUCUUAACAUAUCGUCAGUAAUAUUUAUACAAACUCCACUUGUUAUUUUCUUCGUCAAAUUAAGCCCCUGAAUUGCCUGCGUCCUAUAUUUAUCUUGGUAAAAGCUCACCCAUAGGCGAGUUGGACUUGGAUUUAGCGUAUAGAUAAGCAUGUUUUCUCUCACUCGUGACGCAAUGACGCCAGACAAGGCCUCGGUUACGACCACUGCAUUGGAAUGGAAGGGGAAGUUGAGUGUGCAACAGCGACCUCAGCGGCGCGCCGGUGGGCAAUUGAACCGGAUGCUUCCGCUGCGCAAUACAGCCCGGACACAAAAGAGGGGAAGGGCUUUAUGGCGAUAUUUAGAUCCGCCAGACAAGCUGUUAUCUGCGGGAAAAAUAAGUGAAUAACCCCUGCGGUAUACUGGGUCCGUGUUAAACACACCCUGAUUUAGUUUACAGCCUUAAAGUGCCAUUGCAUUCAUUUGUGUGUCCUUUUUUUCUUUUGAAGGUUGCUGUCUGUGCUGUGUUUAAGUGCGCAUAGCCUUUAUUUAUCCACUAGCCUCUUUAUUUUGUUCUAAUGUCUCUAAUGUAUUUUCACCAAGCAUUAUCUGAUUAUGCACAAUGGUAGGCCCAAUGCUUUCCAGGUAGAUGAAUGCCUAUCUUUUCAGUUAUUGGUGUGAGUUAUACCGGUUUUUUUUUCAGUAUGGGAGAACAGGCUGGAGUGGAUUAUUUAGCAGUAGUCAACCGCCUGUGGCCUGUAAGGUGUUGGCCUAGCUUUCAGUUUUAUUCGACGGUAAUAAAUAGAACAGUCAUUCUGUGGGCUAUCCUAUCACGGUUCUCUAAAGCUAUGGUAGGGCAAGGUUCGAGAACAUGUCUGUGAAGUGUUACAACGUGUUACGCCGACAUUUCCUCUCUUCAUACUAGUUCAGAUUUUAUCAUAUUGUAUCCAGACUUAGGUUUGCUGUUGGUUUGUAUUGUAUUUGCUUGUCCAUUGUUGUUCGGUUUUUGAAAACGAGUUUUAUUUCUGCUUUCAAAUUUGAUUAGAACGUGAUCUAUGUGUCUGAAUUAUGAAAUAAACAACCCCAUGUUUAAACUAUCUAUUUAAAUGAUCUAUUAAUUGGAUGUUUUUCUCUCGAGGUAUCUCACACUUUUAUGAGGAAACUCAACGGCUUCUGUACAUUAUGUUGUAUUUGUUAGCGUAUUAUUUUCUACUUAAUAGUGUAUAAUUUUUUCAUUAGCCAUAGUGGCUUCCAUAAUUGGCACUGCUGUGCUGGUAGCCUAUUUGUAAUAGUGCUAAUGGUAAUUAUGGUUAGGGGCCUGUGUUUUGGUUGAUUAUGUCAUAUGACCUGGAUUUGAACAGAAGUGAGAAAUGAGAAAUGAGAAUUAGAACACAAAUACUAACAAUUGUCUGAGGAUGAUGCUGGACCAUCUGACAUAAAAAUAAAAGGGUCAAAUUUGAUAAUAUAUAUAUAUAUAUAUUUUAAAUAAAGGUUAAAAUCGAGGGAAACCAAAACACAGGGUCUUAAUUAUGAUAGUGGCCUCAUAAUAGGCUUAUAGAACUCCUAGUAAUAGUCGGAUACAAACAAUAUGUGUAGGCUAAUUCUUAGUAAUAGUGGUAAAGUAUUUGUAUUUGAAAAAUAAGCCAGCUCGACGUGCACUACUAUGUGCAUACUAUUUUCUAUGACGAAUAUCCAUAAUUGUCGCUUAUUUUGUUGAAUCUUAAUUGUUUAAAUAUGCCACAAUUAGGCCUAUUUCCAUGUAGGUUAUUGAUUGAAUUCAUAUAUUUUCUGUAAUAGAACAUUGCUGUUUAAUUCCUCGGUUUUGUUUAAUAACCAGAAUGUAGGCUAUCCUGGAUAUUCAUGAAUAUAGAAUACAAUAUUAGACUAGAACAGUAAAAUGAUCCUUUACAUUUUUUUGUUUUUGUUUUAAGGCAGCAGUAAAUACAUUAACUUAACCGGGUAGACCUACUAAUAUGCCAACACACAUUUCUAUUCUAUCUAGACAUUUGUUUUCUAUAAAAAAGAACUAUACGAAUUAAAACUUUUCCAUAUUUUGCUGCUGAAAAUAAUAUUACUUUUACUGAGAAAUUAUAUAUAUUUUUUCCAAAUAGGCAAUAUAAUAACAAUGUCAUAGGAUGUUGAUGAAAUAACACAUUCAACUAGUCAGAUAUUAUUCUCAGCAGGCUUGUGGUUCUAUUAAUCUUAUAUUAUAUUAGGUUAUUAUUGUAUAAUACCAAACUAAGGCUUCACAUAAUAGCAUGAUAUAGCACACCUUUGAAAGCUUAUGUUUAAUGGGGCGUGAACGUAAAAGCUUUUCAUUUUGGAAUGUUUCCUGACAAUGAAAAUAUGAAAGGUUUGAACAUUUUGACAGAAGAUGAAAGAGGUUACAUGCUACGAUGGAAAGCUACCCAGAGCAUUAGUUGUAAGAAAUAAUAUCUGAAUAAUUGACGUUCCUUGGCGCCAUAGAAAGAAUGCAGUUUAUGACAUUUGGUAUCGUUAAUAAGCCCCAAUAUGGCGGCGUUAUCCUGGUUAUGUUCACCUCCUGUAUGUUUUGUUGUGAGUAUCAUUGGUAAUGCUUAUUACCCUGUAACAUAUGUGUAAAUAUACUCCUUAAAUGUGUGUUUUGGGAGAAUUAUUUAUUGGAUUUGCUGACCUAUACUAAAUGGACAGAUACUUCCAAUGGUAUUUCAGUUUAGUCUACUCUACCUUAGUUUAGUCUACUCUCCUUUUCCAUAGCCCUACAUUUAUAUCAGCAGUAAUUGUAUAAAAUAAUAAUAAUUUGCUUUUAAAACUAGACAUUGUUACGUUUUAAGACAGAGACCCGCGAGCAUUUAAUAGCCAAAGGGAUUGAUUUAUCCUUUAUUGUUCAGCCUUUAUGAUCACGUGCGCUUGUCACCCAAUCGAAUGGCAGUCCUGCUUCCCAACUAUUAGUCGACUGUAGAUCUUUGUGGUGCCAAGUUGCUAUACUUGAUUUCUUCAGAUUGUUAUUUUGUAAAAGUCUAGUUUAGUGCGUGUGUAUGUGUGUGUGGUGUGUGUGGCACGCUUGUUUUUGUAUGUAUCUGUGUAUGUGUGGGUACAUGUGAAAGUCUCUUUUACCAUGUCGACAUCUGGAACGUUGACUAGCUACUACGUCGACUCCCUCAUCUUGCCGGAGAGCGAGGAGCUGUCCGCGCCCAGAUACACCUCCGGUCCGGGGGGGCUCCAGCAUGCGAGGCAGCUCACCUCGCUCACCGAUCACACCGAGCUUGGGCCCUGCACCUUCCCGACGAAAGCUCCGGUCUUCAGCCCGUCCUGGGGUCAUGUAUCGACCCAGUUUCCAGGUGCCGUGUCAUCCGUGUACCACCACCCGUAUGGGCAUCACCAAGGCCCGGCUCCAGGCGACUUGGAGGGUCGCUACAUGCAGUCCUGGCUGCUUGAGCCCAUUUCAGGGUCCUUGCCCUUGACCGGAUUACCAACGAGUCAUCAUUACGGGAUCAAACCGGAGAGCCUGGGCGCACGAGUGGACAGCGCGCUGCCUGGAUCCCACACCGCACUGCUCCUGUCCGACUUCACCAACGGGACAGUUGCGACGGCGUCCCCGGUGGACAAGAACACACUACCUGGCCAGACCGCAAACCUGAACGGGGAGAUAGAGGAGAAACCGGCCCUCGAUCCAAGGGCCGGACGUGCACAGUCUGCACUGCAGCUCUUUCGACCAGAGCCGUCUGUUCGGGGACAGCUGCAUCCAGCCGGUGCCGGGUCCACUCACCUCGCCAGAGGACAAACACUACCGGAUGUACCCCUGGAUGAGAACAUCAGAUCCAAACAGAAAGCGUGGACGUCAGACGUACUCCCGAUACCAGACACUGGAGCUGGAGAAAGAAUUCCACUUUAACCGGUACCUGAACCGCCGGAGGCGCGUGGAGAUUGCACACGCGCUCUGCCUGACUGAGCGCCAGAUCAAAAUCUGGUUCCAGAACCGGAGGAUGAAGUGGAAGAAAGAUCACAAGGACGAG